AUGAGAUCUUUCACCGUGGAUGAAAUACGAAUCCAUCCUAACUACGAUGCCACGACAUAUGCCUACGACGCAUGUCUACUAAAAUUGUCGGCGUCAACAAGUGGUGACUUCACGCCGGUAUGUUUGGUGGAGGAUGACGUUGAUUACGACAGUUUCAAAGAAUGUUGGCUCACGGGAUAUGGCAGUACGUCUCCAAAUAGAGGUUACUAUGGCAAUCGACCUGAGCAGAUUCACGAAAUAUUGUUAUCGUUUGUUAGCAACAGCGAGUGCAGUAGCAGGUACGCACAGACGACUACGAGAAUCACAGAACAGCACGUGUGUGUAGGAGGAGAACGAAGCAAAGGAUAUUGUUUUGGGGACAGAGGUUCGCCACUCAGUUGUAAAACAGAUGAUAGCGGUCCAUGGUUUCUCGCUGGCAUUUUCAGCUUCGGAUUCGGCUGCGGUUCUGGGUAUCCCGAUAUUCUUACAAAAACAUCUUCUGUUUAUAGUGGGUUUCUCGAAAACGUUAUUAAUGGCGAGGAUCCGGAAUCAAGAACUCUGGAUUGCUAUGAUAUGGAGGAAUUCGCCUGCCAAAGUACACAGUGUAUCUCUUCUGAAUUUCGAUGUAGUUCUACUAUACCGUACUGUACUGAUGGAGCCGACACCAAGUUCUGUGGUGACUCUGUAGAGCUGUUCAAUCCUAUCUAUGGCAGCUCGUUUGAUGAUGUACCACGUGACAUUUAUUCACCAAUCACGCUGGACAAAUGUGCUGAAACGUGCCUGACAUCUGAAGGCUUUAUCUGUCACCACUUUGACUACAACCAUGACACAUCUACAUGCAGACUGAGAGCUGAGAACUUUCUCGACGUCACACUCUCUGCGACCACAAGGACCGACUUUCUCAGUUUGAAAAAUUGUGGUGGUUGUAACCAAGUGAUCGAAGGAUGUCGAGAUGGCAUGGGAUUGGGACUGUUUUCUAGUCCCAGAUACUUUCUGUCUAACACACGGAGAAAACGGUGUUCUUUUACUUUGAAAACCCCUGCCGGAUCUAAUAUGGAGAUUGAAUUCAAACACAUGUUUGAUGACACAGAUCAACCACAGUGUAAGUUCAACUGCAAAUCACAGCUUUCAAUCCGUCACCCGGGAAGCACCUCCAAUCUGUUGGAAUUCUGUCUGAAUGGAACAAACAUCCUCCCGACUACAUUUGUAGUUCCCGCGAACGAGGUCGAAGUUGAAUGGUUUACACAACGCCCUCAGAUGUCGGGAUUCAUUGGGACGUUCAAAGCGAUUUAA